AUGGCAAAGGACGACACGGAGCUGCAGCGCAUCGAUUCGUACCAGUACCCCGCCGCCCACUUGGGCCAUCUCACCGCGAACCAGCAGGCCGCCCUUGACAAAUUCAAGGACCUGUGCAAGGAUGCCGGCUACUACCGCCCCACGGGCGUCGACGGCAAGAAGUUUGCGAGCCAUGACGACGAGACGAUGCUCCGCUACCUGAGGGCUCGCAAGUUCUCGCCGCCCGAGGCCCUCAAGCAGUUCAGCGACACCGAGGACUGGCGCAAGGAGAACAGCCUCGCCGAGCUGUACGACACCAUCGACGUCACCGAGUACGAGGAAACGCGCAGACUGUACCCCCAAUGGACCGGCCGCAGGGACAAGCGCGGCAUCCCCGUCUACCUGUUCGAGGUCGCCCAUCUGAACUCCAAGAACAUGGCCGCCUACGACUCCAGCCAUAAGGAGCAGGCCUCAAAGGCCUCGGGCAACAAGGUCCCCACCAAGAUGCUGCGCCUUUUCGCCCUCUACGAGAACUUGACCCGCUUCGUCAUGCCCCUGUGCUCCGCAAUCCCCGAGCGCAACCACCCGGAGACGCCCAUCUCGCAGAGCAACAACAUCGUCGAUAUUUCGCACGUUGGGCUGAAGCAGUUCUGGAACUUGAAGGGCCACAUGCAGGACGCCAGCACCCUGGCCACUGCCCACUACCCAGAGACCCUGGACAGGAUAUUCAUCAUCGGCGCGCCCUCCUUCUUCCCCACCGUCUGGAGCUGGAUCAAGCGCUGGUUCGACCCGAUCACCGUGUCCAAGAUCUUCAUCCUCACCGACAAGAACAUGAAGGAGACGCUCGAGCAGUACAUCGACGUCGAGAACAUCCCCAAGAAGUACGGCGGCAAGCUGGACUUCGAGUUUGGCGACAUGCCCGUGCUGGAGCCCAAGAUCGUCGAGCACCUGAAGUUCGUCAACGCCAGCGUGCAAAAGGGCGCUAGCACCAUCCCCACCGGCCCCGUCAAGUGGGAGGAGUCGCCCGGCAGCGGCGCCGUGCAGGCCAUCGCCGUGGGCAGCGAAGCCGGCAAGCCCCGCCGCCAGGUCGUCGCCGAGCUGCAGGCCAAUACCAGCCUGAAGGCCAUGCACGCCAGCGCCGUCGCAGGCGUCACCCCCGUCGACGAGAAGGCCGACCCGCUGGCCCUGAAAACCACAACCACCAGCGGUACCCACACCCAGCCCGUCGACGACCCGGCCGCCGAGGUCCUUGAGACGCCGCCCAGCGAGGAGUCCUCGGAGAAGAAAGAGGAGGGUGCAGAGGCAGCAAAGACUAACGGUACCGCCGCUGCUGACGACGCGGCGGCCACCAGAACCGGUACGUCCGAGACACGCUUCGCGGCCCAGGCCAACACUCACGCGCACAAUCAGCUUAAAACCGGCACCCCGCACGAUGCCGUCAACGAUCACGGCCACGGCGACAAGACGGUCACCAUGGAGCCCGGCACCGUCGGCCAGGCGCCCAAGGACGUCUCGCAGCCCCUGCCCGUCGCGCAGGAAAACAUCGACAACAUCAGCCGCGAAAACGCCCCCGGCUACGUCGAGCAGGCCAAGGGUGCGGUUGCGGCGGUGGCGGAGAAGGCGGGUGCGGUUGCUGGUAAGGCGGCGGAGCUGGUGAGUGGUGGGGAGAAGGAGGGGAAGGAGGCGGCUGUUGAGGAGAAGAAGAAGGAUGAGCGCGUGGAUCAGAUGGAUGGGAGGCAGGUCGAGGAGUUCCUACGCGAGAAGAACGCGAGCCAUGCGUCGCCGCCGUCUGCUGCGUGA